UCUUCUUCAUUUUUCUUCAUUGACAUUCUUAUCAUUCACACGUGCUGUUUACGUUUGUUUUUUACUUCGAAAAUAACAUUUAAAAUCCAUUAAACUCACAAAAAAUGGAUAAAAUCAAAUUACAAAGUCAUUAUAGCGAUGACGAUCAAUACGAACCCACCGAUUCCGAUGAAGAUUAUAGCGAAGAAGAGAAAGAAUUAUUGCAAGAAGUGCGAAAAGGUCGGGUCCGGGAUAAAUCUAAACAGAAUGAGGUACUGGCUUUUACAGAAUCCGAGGAGGAAGAGGAUGAUGAUGAUGGCGCCGAUGCCGGUGACGAUAAUGAGGAGGAUGAAGAUGAAAUGGGUUUGGCUGACAGUGACAUAGAAGGAGCUGAACAGAAUGAAGAUGAUUUACCCGACACAAAAUAUUGGGGUAAAAAAUCCAGUGCCUACUACAACACCGAUUUUGUUGAUCAGGAUUACAGCACUUACAAUGAGAAGGAAGAGGAGCUUGCACAAUUGGAGGGAGAAGAAGCCAAGGCCAUACAACUGCGUCUGGCCAAACAACUUAAGGAGGCCGACUUUGAAUUGGAUGAUACCUUUAAAAAAUUAAAAAAGAGCAAAAAGGCGACCGUCGCAGAUGAAGAGAAAAGUACAUUGCUUAAGGCUGAUUUCUCUGGACUAAGUAAGAGAGAGCGCUUGGAAUUAUUUGAGAAGGAUUCUCCAGAAUUUGCUGGUCUCGUUGGUGACUUCGAAGGUUAUUUGGAAGAGGUACAACAAUUACAUGCUCCCGUUUUGAAUUAUGUUCGUGAAAACAAUGUGCCCAUGAUUCCGGCUUUGCAAUUUGCCCAACAUUAUCAAAAUAUUGCUUUGACAUAUUGCAGUAAUUUGGCUUUUUAUCUGUUAUUAAAAGCCAAUAGAUCCUCCAUACAGAAUCAUCCAAUUAUCCAGAGAUUAAUGCAAUUGAAAAAGCUGCUCAACCAAUUGAAUGAUAAACAUGAAAAUAUCAUAAAACCACAAUUGGAAGCACUUUUGGAACGUAUACAAGAUGGUGAUGUAUUUGAGGUAUUGGAAAUGAAAAAGGAAGAGCCCAAACAGGAUCAAGGUAGGAAGACGAAACGUGUAAAGAAUCAAGGCAAGUUGGGUAUAUUGUCGGGACUGGAUGACACUGAAGAAGAACCCAAAAAGAAGAAAUUGAAAACAAGAGAUCAUGAUGAUGAUGACGACGAGGAAGAUGAUGCACAAGAUUUAGCAACCUUGGCCCAAAUGUCAUCAGACGACGACGAUGAUGAUGGAGGAGAAGAUGCCCAGGACGGGGAGGAAGAGUAUGAAGAAGGUGAAGAUGGCGAAUCUCGCCGUGGUAUCACAUAUCAAAUUGCCAAGAAUAAGGGUCUCACACCACAUCGUAAAAAGGAACAGCGUAAUCCUCGUGUCAAACAUCGUGGUAAAUAUCGCAAGGCACUGAUACGACGCAAGGGUGCCGUACGCACAGUACGCAAAGAGACCUCACGUUAUGGUGGUGAAAUUUCUGGUAUUAAGGCCACCGUUAGUAAGAGUAUUAAGUUUAAGUCUUAAUUUGAUAAAUAUGUAAUGUAAAUAUAAUUUGUUAUAUUUUAUAUAUAUCUCUAAAUUAGUAAAAAAAUAAAGAAGAUAAUUAAAA